CCCGGCUGACAGUAGUUCAGCAUCCACUCACUACGUUAAUCAUGGAUGGAGAGUUAUCGCCUGAGAUUUUGCUAAUCGUCCGCUUUACGGCCUCUCUUACGGACCUGCCUCUGCCCAUCUUCAACACCCGCACGACCACCGCCCUUUCGCUCAAGCAGCUCAUCCGGCCGCACCUGCCUCCGACUUACUCGUCUAACCGCCUCCGUUUGAUACAUGCCGGCAAGGUCUUGGCCGAUACCGCUCCGCUUUCCACAAGCCUCAGCCUCCCUCCUCCACCUCCGCCUCGUUCGAAACCGUCCGACGAUAAUGGAAGCAAGAACAAAGGCAAGGGAAAGGAGCGAGCCACGGACAAUGAGGCAGCGCAAGAGCCAAGGAAGCUGUACAUACACUGCUCCAUCGGUGAUGUGUUGACACCGUCUGACCUGGUCGCUGAGGCUACGAGCGCGGCAAAUGCCGAGGCGGCGCUCGAAGCCGCCAUAUCACAAUCGCAUGCUACUCUAAGCGCAGGAGGAGUAGGUACAGAGAUAGAAGGCUCGUUAGGCGCGCCCAAGUUGUCGACGGGCGCAUCCACGACAGCAGCACCGCGGGGCUUCGACAGGCUGCUCUCCACAGGCUUCACGGCUGCAGAAGUCGCGUCUCUCCGCUCGCAGUUUCGCGCCAACCUCUCCUUCACGCAUACGCCGGAUACAAUGCCCUCGGUUGCCGAGCAGCGCGUUCUCGAGGACCGGUGGUUAGACGAGGGCAUGGGCAGUGGAGGCACGACAGCAACAGCAGACGGAGAGACUGCUGGGGGCGAUGGGGGCUGGGGCGCAGCGAGCUGGGCGGAUGAUAAUGGGCUGGACGACAUGCUCUACGGCAAUGUGGUGGGAUUCUUCUGGCCUCUUGGGGCGCUGGGGUGGGGCUUUAGAGAGGAGGGGGUGUGGUCGCGGCGACGACAGAUCGCAGUAGUGACGGGCUUUCUGCUGAACAUAAUCUUUGGGUUCCUGAAAUUGAGCAAUUGAGGAAGGGAUUUGUAGGAUUGACGGCCUCUUCUCACUGCCCGUGGAAUGCAUGCGGCAACCGAG